ACGGGGGUGUUACGAGAAACGAGUGCCUACAAGAUGUCGCUUUCUCGCCCCGUCUGAAACACACACUCUCACCGAAAGACAACCCUCACCUACACUUUGCUCUAUUUAAUUAUGCAUUGUAUGCAUGAGCCGGGAAAUGCGUUUGAUUCAAAACUCGGUCAUAUGUGUCUAUCCCUGGCCGGAUCAAUCUGACGGUUUGGCUCAAAAUGGCUGGAGAGAAACAGUUAUGAAGAUCGACGGUUUUUUAGCAGAUAUUUACGAAAAAUGAGCCCGUCUGUAGUUUGAAGGCGCCUCCUCCACACGACUGGGCAGCCAGCUACGAGCAGGCCAUGCUGACCCCGUGCGUAGGACCUGGCGGUGCAUUAAGGCAGGUCUGCAGCUACACUCCAGAUCCAGUUGGACACGCUAAGCCCUCUACAGCUCACCAGAGGCCUCUAAAUUGCUGCCUCCCAGUGUUUGAGGAGGAUUUCAGGAGAGAUUUUUCUUUGUUUGCUGUUAUGUGUUUCUCCCCCCCGCCUAUCUCAGAGUGGGAGUGUGGAGAGGGGAGGACAGGACCACAUUCCGGGCACCACCCAGGAAGAGGAGGAGCGAGGGAGCAGCUGAGGAGGAAGGAUCAUCCAAUAGUUGGUAAUAGUGAGUCCAGCCCUUCAGAUGAAGAGCCUUCAGUUCCGGAGCAUCGCCCCUAAGGCCCCAGCCGUGGUGCCCUCCCCCUCCCCUGCGGUCCUGUCCCGCCAGCCUCCCUCUGCCCUCCCUGAAGCUACCACCGCCUCCAGCCCCAAGUCCAUCAUUGUACCCACCCAAAACUAUGCAUUGAUGCAAAUAGCUGGUCAGGAUGGCACUUUCUCUCUGGUGGCACUGCCCCCUUCUGUUUCCUCUCAGACACCACAGCAACAACAGCAACAAACCCAGUCAAUUCAAAAGAACCUCAAGUUGCCCAUUCCCAGAUACCAGCCAGUUAGAAGCAAGGGGACCACAGAUAAGGUCAAAUCACCACCACCAGCUGCCGCCAGGGUGAAAACAGCCUCCAAGGUUACUGUGACGACACAGUCCAAGUCAGUGAUGUGUGGGCCAUCAAUGCCAAUGAAGACCAAGCACACAAAGGAAACCAUAGUCCCCAAAGAGGAACCCUCAGAGCAGGUAAUUAUGAUUGACCCAGCCUCCUCUGACAUCUCUGUCACUGCUCUACUCCCAGAUAACGCUGUCUUGUACCAGGGUUCUCAGUUAGAGCGAGCACCAGAUGGCUCUGAACAACCUGCUACAACUGGCCUCAUUCAGAAUCUCCAGUACCCCCAUCCUGCCGUCAAAAGCUCCCCAGGCAAAUCUCUGGAGGAAAAUCAGACUACAGUGAGGCUGUGCCAGUCUAAGCCCACUGCAGCCCAGCCCCAGAGCAGUAUCACUGUCCUGUCCCCAGCCAUAUUCAGCAAAGCAGUCCAGAUUAUCCCCUCCCCACCUAAGGGUAAACUGCCCAUCCUGCCCUACUCUAAAAUGAAGAGCACCUUCAUCCCAGCUGCCAACCUCGGCAGUUUGUCCCCAGAAAAGAAGGGUUUCUCUCGCCCGACAGGACUAACCAGCCCUUUAGAUCCUACAUCCAAGACCCUAGAGACAGCUGAAAUCUUGGGUCACAACCAGAUGCCAAACUCCACUCUGCAGCCACAGGCCAAGACCACACUCAUGCCUGUGUUGGGAACUCUCCAGAAACCACCUGGCAAGAAAAGGGGGAGAAAGAGAAAAACAAUGGAAGACAUCUUGGCAUUUGAGGCCAGAAAGAAGAGGUCCUUGUCUUUCUUCCGUAGAAGAGUCCCAGAGAAACCGCCAGUAGUCGUUCCAGGCUCCAAACAAAAGGAAGUUGAUAUUUCAAAAAAGUACCGCAGCAUCCGACCCAAGCCCAUGUUGGUUAUGGAGACAGUUCCCCAACUGGUUAGUUUGCCUGCCAUCACCCCAGAUGGCCAAGAACAAGAGCUCGUACUUGGUCAUCAGCUCCCCACCACUACCACAACCAAGCCUCUGGACUCUCCUCCACAACCAGCUCCAGUAACCCUCCACCUGAGAGGUGCCUCCCAUUCAAGAGUGUUCAUAGGCAGUCGUCCGCUCCACCGUUGCCCCACUUGCAGCCGCUGUUUCCAGUUCAAGCAUCACCUCCAGAGCCACAUGAACAGUCACACCAACAGUCGGCCGUACGUCUGCCCAGUCUGCCGCAAAGCAUAUGCUCACUCUGGCAGCCUGAGCACCCACAUGAAGCUUCACCACUCAGAGGUACGCCCACGUCGUGCUCUAGGCUGCGAGUUCUGCGAGAAGGCCUUCGGAUAUGUGGGGGUAUACUUCAGUCAUCUGAGAGAGGUCCACAAAGUGGUGUUGACCGUGGAGCCCUCAAUCACCCAUCAUGAGGAUGACGUGUCAGUCGAGGGGGCCAACUCCCCAGAGACUUCAGAUGAGCAGGAUCGUGAAGACCCCGUGGAGCUGCAGAUUAAAUGCGGCCGCUGCCAGGCCAUCACUCCCACCUUUGCCGACAUGAAGAUGCAUUUGCUGUAUGUACAUGGCGAGGAGGUCCAGGUCCAACUUCAUGACUGCCAAACGUCGCGGGGUGGCCGUGAGGCUGAGAACGAGCUGGUAAAACACGCUGCCCACUACUGGCGUCAACUCAACGAGAAGCGUAACCUGGUCAAGUGCGGCAGCUGCGAUGAGGAGUUCUUCUCCUUCUCCAAGCUUAAGAAGCACAUCAUGUCCCACCAUCGUGGAAGGGAGGGGGAGGACAGUGGGACCCUCUCUUCCCCAGAUAGCGGCGGAGGCCUUGGGGUCCUGGCAGCAGGUGCUGCCUUUAACUGUGUGCUUUGCAGCGAGGUGUUGGACAGUAAAGAGGGGGUUAUGGAGCACUGGAGGAGUCGCCACCACUGUGAGCAGCCCAGCCUGCUGUGGGACGCUCUGAGCUCAUACUCUGGCCAGGAAGAGGGUGAGGCAGACGGGGAUCUGGACACUCCUGCUCCAAGCCCACACUAUCCAGCCUAGCUUUUGGAUGGGCAUGGUGCCCUUACUGGCACUCGUCAUCAUACACACUCAGUUCUAACAAUCAGCAGCACAGGGAUGGAGAGUCUCUCUUAUGUCUUUUAGCACUAGUUUCAUCUUUCACCAGUUUGACAACAUCCAGAAGAGAGAAAAAAAAAGAAAAAGGAUGUCAAGCCAGUGGUGAAAAUUGAUCUUUGUGUUACAGUUCAUAAGGGAUAUUCUUUCUUGGUCAGAGAAUCCAAUUUUUGUAGACAAUACUAUUUUUUCUUUUUGUUAUUUUAAUUGCACUGUUCUUUUUGGAUUCAUUUUUGUUUUGAGGUUUGUAUUUAAUAUCCUGUUGGAUUCUUUUUUUUUUCUACUGCUUAUUUAAAUGUUAUUAAAAGGGUAAUCUAUAACCUAGCUGACACAGUAAAACUGUUAAAAGGUAAUUUCACCCCUAGAUACCCAGAUACUUACCUCUUGUGAUAUUUGCAGCUCAUUUGGUUUUAUGUGUUCAGUUUUUGAGAUAUCUGCGCUGAGAUUUCUGCCACCGCCUCAAUGAAAAAUUCACAUUUAAAAAAUUCAACAACAAUAAGUAACGAGAACAUUUUUAGCUGAAGACAUUUCAGUUUAUGAUGCUGAUUUUUAAAUAUUGUUCCGUUCACCUCUAUUUUAUGAUGUUGGAGGCAGAAAUUUCAAAGAUGACAUCUUGACUGAAACCACAAAAUCUGUAUGGCUAACUACCGCUACGGGGAAGUGAUAAAAUGUGUUUGUUUUGUUUUUGUUUUAUUUGGGUGGACUAACCCAUUCAAAUAGUGAGAAAUGUAAAUCUCAUAACAAGGGCACACUGUCUACUAUCACACUGGCUGACAAUUUAUCCAUUGGUCUCGGAUUAUUACAGGUUAAAAGAAACCAGUUUGUGUACACAAAUCUGUGAUGUAAUAUUGUUCCUGCAGCGGAAAAUCAAUAUUUUCAGUCAUGACUUGAACUUUCAGUCUGAUUAAGGGCAGUAUUGGGGUCCUCUGUCAAGCUGGAUCCUUGAAGGAACACUUUCCUAACCAGCACCCAAGUGACAUCCUUGUGGCCUUUUGAAAAAAAAAAUAAAAAAAAUUCGGUGUUCAUGCGUUAUGUGGCUUAUCGUCAGUGUGGUCCUCUGUAGGCCAGGUUCUAUCUCCUUGACUUGUUGAAUAAUGCCUAUAUGUGUAUUCUGUGAUAUGCCAAGGGUCUUUUCACACUAGUGAUUGUAGAAGUGAGUUUUGCAUUAAAGCGUUUUAACCACUGACAGAAUACCUUUCGUUGACUUAGUAAAUACGCAAAGGAAACCAUCAAAUUGCCUACCUGUUGUUGCCAGCUCAUGUACGCCGCACCUGUGGAAUUGUUUGCACCCAGACUCUAUUCUUGGAGUUAAUAUAAACUGUUGUCAAGUCCAGAAAAAUAUGCUAUUUUAUACUCUAGAUUAAUACAGAGGUCUUUUUAGUAUAUUUAUGCUCGUUGGUCCUUAAAGAACCAGCACUGAGACAUUUGUUAUGUUUGCUUCUUCUAAUUUGGGGGAUGCUUAAUGUCUUGUUUCUUGAUUGGGAGGCCAUUACUACAUGGCAAGUAGCUCUGCUAACAUUUGUCUGUGUUUAUCUUUAUCUUUGAUAUGAAGAAAAAAAAAAACAUCACAGGGUCAAGUGAAUGUACCUGAAUGUUUUAAAAACCCUACCAAAUGUAUAUGUAUACUAUAUAGACUAAUUCUAUAGAUAGAAUAUAUAGAUAUAUCAAGAAAAAAUAUAUAUAUUUACAUAGAGUAACUAGUGAUUCAGCUGCUUUGUUCUGUCACAGUGGAGGAAGGAACGAAGAGAUACAUUUAUCAUUGCCAAAACUGGCAACAAAAGCCAUGUGGAGCUGUCCUUACGUUUCUGACACAUAACGCAGGAGUUUGAAUGAAGGGCAAAGCACUGAUGUGUACAUGUCGCACUGGGUAAACUACGGUAUACUGUACUACUGUUCAUUGAAUGCCACGUUUGGGUGUUCAUCAGUGAACUGUCCUUUGUUUUCAAGCCCUGAACACAAACCAGGAAGUGACAGAAUUAAGGCUCAGACUCUUUCCUCAGUUACAGUAGAUGAAACAAACGUACAUGACUGUCAGCACAAGUCAGAAAGUGAAAGAAUCUCACAUUUGGUGAUAUAAUGUGUUUGGUUCACUGUGUCCAAAAGAAAAAAAAAAAAAGACUGAAAGUGUUUGUGCUUGUGACUGUUUGUGUACCUGAAGAACCUGAUGUUGAUGAAUAAAGAUAUGCUUUGUUGAGGA